AUGUCGCCGCUGCUCGUGCUCCUGCUGCUCGCCGUGGUGGCCCCGUGGGGCGCCGGCACGGCCCCCAGCACGGCGGACACCAGCACCGUCACCACCUCCACCACCACCGCCAGCACCACCACCGCACCGACGCCGACGACUGGCGGCAGCAAUGGCGGUUGCCCUGCGAUGUGCCGGUGCGGGCCCGAGCCGCUGCCGGUGCCCGAGGCCGCCGACGUGGAGGUGUCCGGGCCGAGGGCCUCCAUGGCGUGCGCCGGCGUGCCGGUGCUGUCCGAGGACCACGCCGACGUGGAGCUGCUGCGCGUGGGCAACACCACGAUGCGGCGGCUGGACUUCUGGGCGCUGCGGCGGCUGCCGGGGCUCCGCGUGCUGCACGUGCAGGGCAGCGGCGUGGCCGAGCUGACGGGCUCGGGCAAGGCGAACCGCGACCUCCGCGUGCUGGACCUGACCGCCAACAGCCUGCACGUGCUGGGCGGCUUCGCGUUCCGCGACCUGGCCGAGCUGCGCGUGCUCAACCUGACGGCCAACGGGCUGCACUCCAUCGCGCCGUCCGCGCUCGCGCUGCCGAAGCUCACCGUGCUGGACCUACGGCGCAACCGCCUGGCCGUGCUCAAGCCGCACUUCUUCGCGGACGCGCCCGCGCUGCGCGAGCUGUACCUCGCGGACAACGCGCUGUCGCGCGUGCCGGCGCUCGUGCUGCCCGCGCUGCUGCACGUCCUGGACCUGUCCGGCAACCACAUCAUCCGCGUCGAGGACUCGGCCUUCGACGCCGUCAACGUGACCAACACGCUGGACCUGUCGCGCAACGCCCUGCGACGCGUGCCCCACGUGGCGCUGCGCCGCCUGGGCGCGGUGCGCGACCUGGUGCUCAGCGACAACCCCCUGGGCGACGCGUGGGGCGCGCUGCCGGCCGGCGCCGUCGUGGGGCUGGCCGUGCGCACGCUGCACCUGCAGCGACUCAGGUCGCCGUCGCCGGCCCUGGCGCUCGCCACCGUGCGGCGCGGCGCGCUGCAGGCCCUGCCCGAGCUGCGCGAACUGCGGCUGUCCGCCAACCCCGACCUCACCUACGUGCACCCCCAGGGGCUGGCCGGCGUGCCGCGCCUGCACACCCUGGACCUGUCCAGCACCCCGCUGCUCGCCCUGGAGAGGGAGCUCCUGGACGCGGCGCCCUCGCUCAAGACGCUGCGGCUGGACAACGGCACGCUGCACUGCCACUGCAGCCUGGGCUGGCUGCGCAACCUGACGCAGGGCCCCGUGUCGUGCCGGGGGCCGCCCUCGCCGCAGCCGCCCUGCGCGCCCUACAUCAUCCCCCUGUUCCCGGAGGCCUUCUCGGAGACGCUGGGCAACAACGCGUCCUUCCACUGCCGCGCGCUGUUCGGCGCCCCGGCGGCCGGCGAGGCCCCCGCCAAGGCCGCCGCCAAGGCCAGCGUGUCGUGGCGCACGCACGCCGGCGUGGAGCUGUCGGAGGGCGAGUGCGCGGACGCGGCGGGGCGCGUGUGCGUGCGCGACCACGUACUCACGGUGCUGUACCUGCACGCCGAGGACGCCGGCACCUACACGUGCGAGGCGCGCGCGCCGGCGGGCCAGGACGCCCGCGCCGUCCGGCUGCACGUCCGCGACGUACACGUCCGCCUGCUGCCGCUCACCGUCACCUCCACGUUCGUGACGCUGGCGUGGAACAUGAGCAGCGCGGUGACCAACAGCUACACGCUGCGCGUCGAGGAGGUGCCCGAGGCCACGACGGCCGCCCCGGGCGCGUCCGCCGCGCCGCCGCCCGCGCCGCGCUCCGUCACCUUCACCGUGGGGCUCAAGAUGCACUCGUACACGGUGCACGGCCUCAAGCCGCACAGCCGCUACGCCUUCACGCUGGCGAUCCAGCGCGAGGCCUACUCCCUCGUCAUCGGCUCCACCGAGGUGACGACGCGCGAGGGCGCCUUCCUGGUGUCGCUGGGCAUCGAGCGCAACUACCUCAGCAUCAUCCUGGUGUCCGUGGUGGGCGGCGCGGCCACGGCGGCGUGCCUGGGGCUGUGCGGGCUGCGGUGCUGGCGGCAGCGUCUGCGCCUCAAGGAGGCGGCGCACCUCGCCGCGCUGCGCAAGUCGGACUCGGCCUUCUCGGGCAGGGAGAUGCUGUCGCAGCCCGGCACGCCCACGGCCCUGGACACGGCCCUGGACACGGACAGCCCGCCGCUGCACACACUGUUCCGCGGCAUCACCUACAUCAGCCUGGCCGACGAGCGCAGCGCGCCCAGCGAGUGCGGCCGCUCCAUCGAGCAGGACCUCAUCAGCUUCACCUGAGCAACAAGUGUGGGCAACGCAAUCAUGCCUCUCUUGUUCAGUUUGUCCAAGUGAUGUGAGCGUGUGUGGACGGGCCGGACGGACGCGCGACGCAGCCGGGGCCGAGUAAUCCAAUUCCAAACCAAUUUCUGAUAAUUGUGUCACCGGGCGAACAGAGCAGUGCGAAGCGCUCCGAAAUCUGUCUAAUUCCGUCGAGUCGACGCGCUGCCUCUUAAUGAGGUGGGCGGCCCCGCGGGAAGCCCCACUGGCAAGCCCCAACCCCCAAACCCGGCGAACCGUUUUCGCCGCGGGUAGUUCUAUCACCACGGCGCGGGCUGCGAAAACUUUGCUUACUUUUUCCUCUUUGUGGCGUCGAAGGCAACUUGGUGGCGCCGCGGUGCCACCAGGGUGCCUCCAGGACCCGCAUUGUUCCGCCGACUUUUUCAUCAUCGUCUUAAUAGGGCGGGGUAAUCUGGCAGCCCAGCCACCCAGCCAACCCAGCCCGGCCGGCAGGUACUCGCCCCUUUCUUCUUGGCCGGGCUGCCUGCCGGGCUGCCUGCCGGGCUGCCUGGGGUAAUGAGUAAGGGACCGCCGGGCCCGUCCGUCGGGCCAUGCCUCCAUCGCCCGACAUCGAUCUGCGGGGCUGAAUUUUUCAUGAAGCCCGCGAGCCCUGAAUGGAGCACUGGCCAAAGAGAUUUCUCGUUUUGCUGUUCGGACUGCGCGUCCAGCGGUCCGGCAGCGCCGCCGGUUUCGGACUAAAUGUGAAGGGGUGAUAUUCAAAUCAAUGGCUCGCAGAUCGCGACGGGGGAAGCGCGCCGCCUCUGUGUACGACUCUGUUGAAUUGCUGGGAAUCGCCUCCGUGCUUGUGUUGUUGUUGUUGUUUCCCGCGUGGAAGUGAGCCGGAAACGACAAUAACAUCUCGGGCGGGGAAUUCGAAUUUCAAACGGGGAAGGUUCCACUCUGUGUUUAUACACGGUUCCUGUGCAAAUGUGCAUGGCUCUUGACUCUAGCCAUAGACAUAUCUCUAGGAUUGUAAAAAAAAAUGUAGCCUGUAAGAAAACGUCUCGAAAGUAAUUGUACAUAUGAUGUUGAUUGUCAUUUUUAUAAAUUGAAUAUUCUGAAC